AUGGAAGAUCCGGUUCCCAACGCGCCCACCAUGGUCUCCAGGCUGCCCAAGUUUGGCUCGCGCCCCACGGCUGUGGCUGGCACCGCCCCACUGACCGUUGGGACCCAUCACCACCCUGUCUCCAGCACCACGGGCAAAGGGUUACCCACUGCCACCACCAGGCAGAACGGGACAAUCCGGAUGCCCCCCUCCUCCUCUCUUAAGGGGAAAGGGGGAGAACCUGUGGAGAGGCAGGUGGACUCACGGGAGGAGGACAGAACUGGAGCUGGGCAUCACCCCCGACAACCGCAGCACUUACCAAUGGUGGUACGGGUGAUUAAGAAGCCAUCUACCAUGCCUGCCACAGUUAAGGUACAGGGGUGUUCCUCCACCUUCCCCAGGACUAUACGCUCCAGAACUGGGUCUCGCGGGGCCAUCCUCAAACAGGCCUCGUCUGGACAGAGUCUCGGCAAUGGCAAAGCGGGUCUCAACGGCCAGGUGGGUAGUGGUGGGCGGUCUGGGACUGGUUCACUCAGGCGGGGCCAGAGCCGUGGUUCUCCCCACAGCAACCUGACCAGCAGCCUGUCCCGCUCCCAGUCCAGCGACAGCCUGGAGACGGCCACAGAGGAGAACAUGGUGCGUUCCCAGAGCCUCACCCACGUCAAGAGGAUCCCCUCCCCCACCGUGCCACCCAUCAUCCGCUCCUACUCCUUCAACAGGGCCUCGGAGCUGACCAAGGAGCUGCCCAGGCCUCUAGCCAAGUCCCUGCUGGUCAAGACAUCUCCCCUGACCAGACUGACCCCUGUGUUGAGUAGUGGGGGGAGAGGAAACGGCCUACAUCUUAGUAAGGGUGGACCUAGACUAGUACCAGGCAGGGCUGAGGUGGGAACAACUAGCUGCAUCUUGCCACCUAUCACACUGAGGAAGUCCUUACUACCUAGUUCAGCCUCCUGCACCACCAAGCCUAAGGCCCUCAGCUACAGGCUCACACGACCCUCCCUCAUCAAGCAGCCUCGCCCUGUCCUGGCCGCCACCUCCCAGAAGGUCCAUGGCAACACAGAGGAAAGCGAGGGGAGGAGGAACUCGGUGGAGAUGCCCCCUGUCACUCCAGACCCGACCAGCAUCACUGACAGCCCAGGGAGCACCCCAGAGGGCCUGCUAGAGGAGCCUGUGGCCCUGAGUGUGGUCCAUCCCCUGGGGGAAGGCCUGGAGGACAUGUCACUCUCCUCCACCUCCUCCCUGGAGUGCAACGACACCAGCGAAGAGUACAUGGACGAUUUUGACAACCUGGGAAAUGGAGGAGACGGCAUUCUGCUGCUCCCUGCCCAGAACAGAGGGCUCGACCAAUCACAGCCUGACUUGGAUGAUGAUGACAAUGCAGACGUCAACCGACGUCAUGGUGGAACAUCCAUGACUGGCCUUCACAGCUUCCUGUCUAACAGUGUGGACUGGGCCAGGAUGGGACUCACUGGUAGGAUUUCACAUUAAUCCAAAUAAUUUACUUUAAAGACUAAGGGCCGGUUUCCCAGACACAGACACUGGCCCUAAAUGACAUACCAUAAUACUAACCAAAACAAAUUAACCAAUAUUCCCUCAGUGAUUUGGUAGCAGGUGAGUAACACCUCUGCCUUCUCCUCUCUGUUUUAGGGGGUAGAGGAGAUUUAGGGGGGUUGUCUCGGCGUGCUAGCCAGGCCCUGUCCGGGGGUGCAGACUACCCCCUUGGCUCAUCUCUGGACCUGUCCCCCUCAGACUCAGGCUCGGGGGGGACCUACAUGUGGGACGAGGAGGGUCUGGAGCCCCUUGGGACCAUCACACACCCC